AAAGUGAGCCAGUCUUCCUUAAGGCCUAAUGUAUGUGACAAAGCCUCUGUCUGCGUGUCGAAUGUCUCCUCAGUCCCUGUCUCUACGGCCGCCGGAGGGGCCAAAUUCUGGUUAUCUUGUACUCCAUGAUGAAGAACGGGUUAAGGUAACAUGCUGCGGAUGCGCUGUUGGCACUGAUGACGUGGUCAGAGACCUGCCUUUCCCUCAGAACUACGAUAUAGGUGUUGGAUAUGACUCGGAUGAAGACGUUGUUGCCUUCAUUCCAGUGCUUGAUCAGCCCCUGUCUUCCAAUCGAUACCAUGUCAUACUUCGGAGUGGGAAGCAUAUGGGGGAAGCAUGCACAAAUUCAAGAAAAGAAGACGUGGCUGAGACUGGCUGUUGCGGCGGUAAAUCUAUUCCAGAUGCUAUGCCAAAACCGUUGGAUCCGUCCGACAUAAACCAGCAAUUGUUUCUUUGCCAAUUCGAUUUUCCAUUAUCGUAUGAUUUCUCUGCAGCUGUGGGUGUUGGUAAGUGGUAUUGUCCUUUCAUGUUUGUUAAGGAAGGAGGAGUGAAUUUGAACGACCAAAUGAAAAAAUGUAUGUUCUAUGAAAUUAUACUUGAGCAACGAUGGGAAAAGAUUUUUGAUAGUGCUUAUAACAACGCUGAAGGAAAAGAUAAUGGUGUUGCGUUUGUGGAUGCUCUCGUUCAAAAAGAAGCGGUUUUUGUUGACGGAAAGGAAGCUUUUUGGACUGAAAAAAAUGUGGGUAAAGACAGGUUCAUGUGGUUCAAGAAUUAUUUCAAUGGUGUGGGAGGAGAAACAAGAGUGGGAUUGAGCAUGAAAGUUGUGGAGAGGAUGAAAUGGGAACAAGAAAGAGUUGGAUGGAUUGGUGGGGGUGAAAGGAAAGUGAGGGUGGAGAGAGUGGAAGAGUUUGAGGGGACGGGUGGUGGCGGGUGGAAGCGAUUUGGUAGUUAUGUAUUGGUAGAGAGGUUUAUAUUGAAACGAAUGUCAACGAAUGGAAACUCGGAAGUGCUACUCACAUAUGAAUUCAAGCACACGCACCAGAUUCGAACCAAAUGGGAAUGA